CACCAUUUAUAGAAUGGCAGCAUUCCGUUCAUCACGAAUUGAAACAGGCAUUCGACACCUCUCAGAGUCCGUGUUUGUGGGGAUGUGUAGUGUGUUUGGAACUUCGCAAUUGGUGGCUAUGAGAAGAGAUUUGACAGACUUCAAUGAAUUAAUGUUUCAAAAAUUGAGUACAGGAACUCAGCUCAGAAGGAUGUUAAGUGGAAGUUAUAAAGAAGGAAUCAGAAUGUCGGGAUCUGAUAUGGACUUUAUGUUUUGGAACAAAAACGAGCAAGUGAUUUGGGACCUGUCUCAGACUAGGUAUUACAACAUGCCCAGUCAAACACUUCUUCUAGCAGAUACCUCUGAAAGCCCACCAGGAUUUACUCUACUGCAGUUGUUAACACCAAGAACAAAUGUUCACAUUCUGUUAGCGUGUGUCAAAAUAAAUGACAGGCUUUAUAUAUCUAGUUCUAUUUAUAAAAUGAUCACGUUUUCGUCAGCACUUCCCGAUUUUACAAUACAUGGACCAUGUGUUAGUGGAAACGUCGGAGGUAUGGACGUUGAUGAUGCACACUGUUUUGCCAGUGCCUUUUGGCCAAAAUCAGCCUCCUCAUGGGUAGAGAGAUGUCAUUCAUGGCCCCAUCCGCAGGUUGUUCGUCAUGUGGUAAAACAUGGAUGUCACUUUGUACCAAUAGGACAUAAACUAGGUAACCAUGAAUACAACGAAUGGAGAAUUUCUUUUUCACAGGCAGAACAAAAACUUAUGUACUCUUUGAACCACUGUCAAUUUUUAACUUACGGUUUAUUCAAAGUGUACUUGAAAGAAGUAAUUAACUAUGGUGUAAGUACUGAGGAAAAAUUAUUGUGUUCCUAUCACAUGAAGACGGCUGUUUUCUGGAUGCUAACAAGAUUGAUACUGCGAAGAACUGCCUUAAUAUUGCACUGUAUGUACACAGAUAGUGGUGCAAAUAAACGCAAGUACACUGCUAACAAAAUGUCUAACUACAUGCUGAAGCUAGCAGUUAAGUUUGGUUUUAUUUCUGAUAUUUUGUACGUUGCAAUGUAUUAUUACAAGACUCUUAGAUAUGAUGAAGCUUUAUCUGUCAUACAAACGGCAAAGGCAAAAUUAGCACAGACAUAUCAGAUGCGUUCAACAGUUUUUACGUAUGUAGCUAGCUGUCCUGAGGAU